AUGGAAAUCGGCUGCGGAUUGCAGCGCGUGAUGGAUACAAAAAUGGACGGAGGUCGCGCGGUGGCGCUGUCGGCGAUCGGCAACACGAGUCGAAUCUCAACGCGAUCUCUUCGCAAAAAGAAAACCUCGCUAUUGACGCCGAAAAAGUUUAUUGAGCACGUUCAAUCAAAACAUUCAUCGAAACAGUUCGAGGCCGGUGUGGCCGAAAUAUUCAAAGAAUUUUAUCCAGAGACGCCAACUUUUACAAAUUUUUUCAAGAAAUCUAACAAGGAUAAGAAUGCGAAGCCAAACAUUUGGCUUUACGAUUCAACACGUGUAGUCGUCCCCGACGUUGAUUAUUAUCAUGCUUCAUAUGUCGAUGGAGCUUCGAGACCCAAUGAAUACAUUCUCGCACAGGCUCCAUUCAACGCCGCUCUUCAGAAGGACUUCUUCAAGCUUCUCCAGCACGUCAAACCCGAAGCGGUAAUCAUCGCCGACGGCAACGAAGAAGCGUCGGCGUUCAUUCUCUCCAAAACUGACAAGACGCCGUCGAAAAUGUCAACGGAACGCUCGAAUGACGAUAUGCUGCAGACAGCGCUAAAUGUUGGCGGGCCGAAAUCGAUAAAACUGUUCAAAUUGACCAAAUUCGACGACAAACCGCCGAAUGAAUCCGAAUUUCUGGACACUCAUGAACGGAUUCGAAAAAAUCUUGGCUGGAAUCUCAAAGGCCCCAUUGUGGUGGUUUGCAAGGAUGGAGCGACAAAAAGUGGUAUUUUUGUGCUUCUCGACAUGGAAGCUGGAAGGUUGAAAGAGAAGUCGAAGGUGAGAUUGACGGAUUCAAUCAAGUCGAUUAGAAAUAUGCGCUCCAACACGUUUGACACAAUUGAAAACUUCGAAAUUGGUGUGAACCUUGUGCUAGAAUUAUGCAAAAGGGCGAAAAAAUGA